UUGUCGGAGGAGGCGUGUGACUGUGAUUCGCGAACCUGCUUAAAUGGGCUGACCGCUGACGCUGAUUGGGAUUUGGGCCUUCGUAGCUAUUCUUCUUUUUAUAAACUGAAUUUUGACCCUGAAAGUUUUUGCCUGAGUUCCUCAUGAAGAACUCUGUUGUUUUUAGCUAAAAAGUUAUCAUGAUUUUUAUUUGAACAUAAUGGCUUGGUCAGGAGAGGGUACCACACUGAAAUCCCCACUGGAGCAAGUUUGGAGGCAGUUCGUUCCUCAAGGUCAUGAUCAAGCCCUGCGAAAUGCUUUCUACAAUGUGGCUGCUGCUGGAUUUGUGGCAGUUGUUGGUGCUGCUGCUUGGCAUGUUUACCUUAUAUUUCAGCCAUUUGUUCGAGCGUUGCUGUGGGCCGUGUUGUGCGGCUCAGCCAUCCACCCUAUCAAGGCAGCUGUUGUUGGCACUGUCCAGGCAUGGCUCAACAGCGUAUCAAACUCGUCUUCUUCUCUCACCGUAGCCACUCUCCUCCUACCCUUGCAUACACUGGAUGCUGUUUCUGAACUUGUUGGAAAAUAUGUGGUGCGUCAUGUUCGCACUGUGGUGAUAGUGACGAUGGUUCUCCCAGUGGUGUUCAUCAUCAUUCACUAUACACCGACUGUGCUCACUUCAGUCGCUUAUUGGCUUCUCUCUGCUGCCUUCAACACCGUGGCAUUUGUCAUGUCCCUGGCAACUUCCAACAAAUACCUGGUGGUUGCCCUGGUGUGCUGCUACAUGGCUAGCCUCUUCAUCUACUGGGAAGAGGAAGUGUACAGGAUAUGGCUGAGCCGUCUCAGUGUAGCAGUGUGGCUGUUGGCUGGUGCUGGUGUGGCUGGAUGGCUGGUGCCAGCUUCAGCCACUCAGCCAGUCUUUGCUCUGUUCUGUGCACUGCUCAUACUUGGCUUGUCUGUUGAGGUCUGGGAGUACAUGAAGGCAGAGCAGCAAGAUGGUGCAGACAGGGCCAGCUUGGUCGAGUCUGUCGUUAAAGUCUGUAAAGACGACUAUGACAGACAGCGGUCACCCAGCAUAUCUCUGGAUCAGAGCGACACUGCGGACGGUGGCAGGAAGCUGGAGGCCGUCAUGGAAGAAGACGACGAACAGGCUCCUGAUGCUGGGGCGACCCAAGUGCAGGACUUAAGAGCCACGGCUGGUCUCAACCAGGGCAGCCACAUGGCUGACACUCCCCUCGGGAAAGCCGAUAAGGACAGCCACAUGGCUGACACUCCUCUCGGGAAAGCCAGAGAGGGCAGCCAUGUGGCUGACACUCCCCUCGGGAAAGCCAAUAAGGACAGCCACAUGGCUGACGCUGCAGUGGAGAGCCCUCGUGCUCAGGAUAAGGAGGAGAGCGCUAGUAAUAUGUACAUCAAGGGCGUGUUCAUGGCGUGUGUGCUGGUAGAGCUCUGGCGUCACCACUACCUGCUGGCUCUGCUGCCCAUAGCCAUGCUCUACCUCAUCAUUAAGAAGACCACGUUCGUGUGGCUGGCGGGAGGCUCUCUGGGGGCAGCAGCAAACUCCUGCCUGCAGCAGCUGAGCGACCGCCUGCUCGCCUGGCUCUCCAGCAGGCGAGACGCUCUCCUGCCGCCGCCUGUGAGGGGCAUUAAGAAGGUGCUGGCACGCAGUGAGGCGUGCGUGCAGCGUGUGGUGGCGGGUUGCCUGCACGAGCUCGUGUCCUGCUGCCUCAUCCUGGCCGCCCUCCUCGUCAUCCUGUGCGGGGCCGUCUUCCUGGCCGUCCAGAUCCAGGGAGAAAGCGUGCAGCUGAUAGGCGUAGCAAGUCAGAUGAUCAACGCGACUGUAGUGAGCAACCCUCAGUUCAUCGCCCUGCUGCCUGAAGACUUCAGCAGCACCUUCAGCAGCGCCCUCGAGGACGCCUACCUCUACGGCCGCGACUGGCUCACCAAAUGGGUGCGGGACCUGGUCGGUGACACUGAACCUGCCAAGGCCUUGGCACUAGAGAAGCAGGUGCUGGAGUUGUGGGACAGGGUGUACCAGGCGUGGGUGGUAUCGCCCCCCCUGGCGUCCCGGGCCCCCCUGCAGGGUCCCGUCGUCACGUCCCAGGCCGUCGCCGACACCUUCGACAACCUCGUGCAGGGCAUCGCUAACUCCCCGGCCAACAGCCCCAUGGCAGGUCUGAUAUCACUCGAGUCUAUGAGUCAAGUGCUGCGUGACAACGUAGGCACAAUACUGAGCGUGCUGGAGGGCGUGUGGGGCGUGCUGCUGGGCAACAUCAGCAUCGUCGUGUCGCUCACCACAGCAUCAGCCUCAGCACUGCUCGGCGGCUCGCUGUCUCUGCUCAACGCACUUAUCUCUGCUGUUGUGUUCCUGACGGCUCUGUUCUACGUGCUGGCAAGUUCUGGCCAGACUUAUCGCCCUGUAGCCAUCCUCGGCAACCUCGCGCCUGGUCAGAUGAACAGCGUUGGAGUGGCGUUGGAGGAGGCUAUCAACGGUGUGUUCACAGCGUCGCUCAAGAUGGGCGUCUUCUACGGCCUGUGGACGUGGCUCCUGCACUCCAUCUUCGCCACCAACAUCGUCUACAUCCCUGCUGUGCUAGGUGCGCUGUUCGGGGCGGUGCCUCUAGUGGGCACGUACUGGGCGUGCGUGCCCGGGCUGCUGGAGCUGUGGUGGGGCCAUGACAGCCCCACGCUGGCCCUGCUGCUGCUGCUGAGAUAUAUUAACAGAGGUGGGCACCCGUACCUGACGGGGCUGGCGGUGGGCGGGGGCAUCUUCUGCUGGGGCGCUGAGGGCGCCAUCCUGGGCCCCCUGCUGCUGUGCAUCCUGCUGGUCGCCACCAACCUCUACGCCGCCCUCAUCUGUCCCCCUCCUCCUGCUCCUGCUGGUGCCAAGUACUCCAGACUACGGAGGAGCUUUAGUCAGCUGGAGUAGCGGCUUCUGUUACAUCCAGCGCGCGCUAUAUAGAUGUGCCUCUAACAACAGUGAUGCUGUAGCAGCUCACAUCUCACUCCCUCCGUAACGCUGGAGAGCGCGACGUCGCUGACAAAACCCAGAGUUGUGGAACACAAACCAAAGGAAACCCCCAAACAGGGAAGAUAAACCCGAACUACGGAAGACCAACCGGAACUACGGAAGACAAAUUUUAACUAAGCAAGGCGAACCCCACCACGAAAGGCAAACUCAAACACGGUAGACAAACUCGAACCAUGGAAGACAAACCCAAACUAAGGAAAGACCAACCGCAACUUCGGAAGACAAAUCCAAACGACGGUACACGAACUUUAACUAUGGAAGACAUGCCUAAACUACGGUCCUUCUCUAGAAACGUAUCUAGUGCUAGUGAUGUACGUAGUGCUAGUGAUACACAGUUCUAGUGACGUACCAAUUGCUAGCUUACACCUCUAGACAUGACCAUAUGCUAGUGUGCUCCAAAGUAAUAGUGAUGUCCUUAUGAUGAGUUCGGGAUUUCCUAGUCCCCGGUCACGCUGAUGCGCCGC